ACCAUCUUUUUAACAAAACAAACUUUUUUGUGAUAAAAAAAAUACCAAAUUAACGUAUUUCUGGUAUAUAAAUUUAAAAAUAUAAAACUUUUCGCAAUUUAAAGUUUUUUUUAUCUCAAAUUUUAUAAUAAAAAGCUUCAAAAUGUUAAAUGCUCCAAGAGUCGUAUUUUCCUUCUUCGCUCUGUUGAAUGUUAUCGUAUUGAACAAUGCUGGAAUGCCAAAUGACAUUGUUGGCUCAUCACAAUCUAAGCUUAACAUAGUCUCCAGAUCUCUAGCUGCGGUAGACACAAGCAAAUGUGAUUUUACAGAAUUAUACAAAUUAGAUAAAGGUGAAAAUGAUAGUUAUAAACGUUCUACUAAACCUAUGUUUCCAGGACAAGAUGAAGAAAAACAAUUGUUAGUAGAAGAAAAAAUGCUAAAAUCAUUGAUUGAGUCAUGGAGCAAUUUUUUAGUAAUAAAUGAUAAAGACAUGUACACAAUACUGUAUGGAUAUUGUAAUUUACAAAGCAUAAAAUAUAAUAACAUGAUAGAUAGAUUGUUUAAGAAGCUUAAUGAUUUAGCCAUCCAAAAUGAUGUUCUUGAAGAAGAGAAAGUAAAAUUAUGGAAUGAAUGCACUAAGGCGAUUAGUGGAAAAGCUAAAGAAGCAGACAAAUUGUUUGAAUCCGUUUGUAAUUCACACUUGAAAAAUACUUUUAAAAGGACUGGGUCGUUCAAGAGCGACUUAGAAAAAUAUAAUAAUUUGUGGGAUAAAAUUAUAAAGGACAAUGAAAAUUUAUGGGGUAAAACUAUUGCUAAUAAAUUAAAAACUUGUCCAAAAAAGACUCCCGUAGAAGAAGCAAAAGAAAAAGGGGAAACUAAACCAAAAGCGGGAGCUAAACCAAAGGCGGGAACUAAACCAAAGGCGGGAACUAAACCAAAGGCGGGAACUAAACCAAAAACGGAAGAAAAACCAAAAACGGAAACGAAAGCAGAAACGGAAACGAAAGCAGAAACAAAAGCAUAAGAAACACCUAAGAAAGAGAAUUAUAUAGAAGAAAGAUCAAGCAAGGGGCUAGGGAAUGCAUGAAAUAAACGCGGCUUAUUAAUUACAAAACGAAAAAUGAUAAGCGCACUGCUAUGAAAAGAAUCCUAAAUAAGGAUGACGGAAAUUAUUUAAGAAAGGAAAAUUUUAUCUUCAUUUAAUAAAAAACUGAGGUAGUAGAAAUAGCAUUUGUUUUUAUUUUAUUUAUUUAUUUUAUUUAUUUCAUAUUAUUUUAUUUAUUUUAUUUUUUCCCAUCUUACAUCUAAUGUGAGCGUUAUAAUCUUUGUUGUUGUCUCAAAAAAGGCACCUCCAUUCAUAUUAAUACAUUAGGAAUUUUUUUUUUUUUUUUACGCAUAUCACAUCUCCAUUGUUUUUAUAUAAUAAAUUCAUUAAAUACGUUUAACAUUUUAAUUGUAUAAUUUUUACCAUAAAAUUGUUUGUGAAGCGCUUAACUUAUUUUCUAUGCAUGCCAUAGAGCUAAUUCGAUUACUACUACCUUUUCAUACACUGGUGUUAAUAA